AUGGCGUCGCAACAGCCUACGAACACUGCUUCGCCCAGGGGCGGAGGAUAUAAGCGAGCCAGUCGAAAAGGGGCGCCGCGUCGCUUCGCCUGCGACCAUCUUGGCUGCGACAAGAUUUACUCGAGGGCCGAGCACCUGCAGCGCCAUCAGCUGAACCACGCGCCCAAGGAGAUUUUUCGAUGCGACAUUGGCGACUGCGAUCAAAAGUUUGUCCGGCUCGACCUCUUGGCCCGCCAUAAGAAGCGCCACACGGCCUCCUACACCCCGCGCAAUCGCAUGCCGAGCUUUGAUGAAACUGCUGCCGCGGCCCCCUAUGCCAACGUCGUCUACCCCCCGGACAACCAGCUUGCGCCAGAAAACUUCGCGACCUGGUUGUUUGAUCCCCAAUCAACAUACACCGACUUGAGCGUUGCUCACAUCCCAUUCCUUGAAGGCGGCUUGGAGUCGACCCUCAACAACAAGAUACAGUACGACUACGAAUCACUCAACAGCCAUUCGCCCAUGGAACAAGGGACGCGACAGGCUGACUUGUCUGAUGCCUGGAUCACGGAAUCUCGGCGCCAGGAACUGCUCCACUGGUUUCAGGUAUUUCGCAAUAAGCAGCCGCAUUACGAGCCCUCCAUGGCAAAUUUGAUUCACGAAUGCGGCGGCGACAUGCCGGCACUCAAUCUAGACAUGAUCCAUGACUGUCUAAGCGAGUUCUGGGACAAUGUAUCCCCCAGACUGCCUGUUGUCCAUCGACACACCUUCUCCGCAAAAGAUUGCCCUGUUCCCCUCCUUCUCGUGAUGAUAUCCCUGGGUGCGGCAUCUCUUCGCGGCAGGGACACGACGGGUCAGUUAUCAGAAUACGGCACUUUUGCAGAUGUCAUCAUUGACAGCGUGAGAUGGGAGAUUCUAACAUCAGACGACGCGACGCCACCGAUAGGCUUGUGGGUUGCCCAAGCGCUCUUGCUCCUUGAGUUUUACGAGAAGUUGUGCUCCUCGAGGAGGUUUCACGAGAGGGCCCACAUAUACCACCCUGCCUUCUUGACUCUGCUCCGACGAGGGAGUCCCCUGAUAGGAAGAACCGGCAGCGAGUCUCCGAUUGAUCACGAAAACCCUGGCGCCGAGCGGACCGAGUCCGGCAUGCCGUUGGAUCCUCGAAGUUGGUGGGUUCGAUGGGCUGAACGGGAGUCGAUGCAUCGAGUCGUCUUUGGGGCCUUUAUGCUCGAUAUCAUACACGCCGCCAUGUUUGGUCACACAGCAGACAUGGCAGCGCACGAGAUUCGACUACCCCUACCCUGCGACGACAGCUUGUGGAAUGCCAGCAGCCCUGACGUUGUCCGGCAACUCGAUGCCAACUUCCGCAUGUACGGCUUUGAGCAAGUUUCCUUUUUGGACGGGCUGAAAAGCGCACUGCACGGCAAAGAGGUCAAGACCCAUGCCUUUGGGCGCAUGAUUAUCAUCUCCGGACUGCUGAGCGUGGGGUGGCAUUUGAGCCACAAGGAGACCCAUCUCAAAUGGCUGGACUUGCGGACGCCGUCGUCGGAAACACAGGACAGCUGGAGGAAGAUGCUGCUUAGGGCCCUUGGCAACUGGAAGCAGAGCUUCGAUGUUGCCAUGACCGAUUCUGUAGCUGAGCCGCCUAGCCAUGGGCCCGUGUCCAACGGGCCCAUCGGUAGUGCCUCGCUCCUGUUCCACCUUGUUCACAUCGGCCUUCACACUGACAUCGUGGACUGCCAGGUCUAUGCCGGCGCCAAUCGCCUUCUCGGUCGCAAGGUGUCGUCGAGAGACCACACAAAUGCGGUGAAGCGCAUGAGUACUUGGGCCAAGCGGGCAUCGACGCGCCAUGCCGUGCUUCACGCGUUCAAGUUGCUUCACCGUUACGCGCUUCGCAAUGAAACGGAUCCCCACAGGCCCUGGAUCAUGUACUAUGCGGUCCUUACCAUCUGGGCGUUUGUCCAGGCCGUUGGACGCCCUCCGGGCAAGGGAUUCCCACUGCGUCCGUCGCAACUGGCCCACAGCACGUAUGCCCGCAUGGCGGAAUACCUCUCUACUGUUGCCGGCCUAUUAGGUCUGGACGAGGCAACUGCGGCGGCGCUUCACGAGGGCCUACCCGAGCUUCUGGACGUGAUGGAGGGGAUCCUGGAAGAGGCGGACACGGAGCUCCUCCGAGAGGCAAGAGAGAGGCUGAGCGUCUGCAAAGAUAUGCUUUUGGGAGGCUCCCCACGGAGCUGA